AUGAGUUACUGCUGCUGUGAGAAGUUCAGUUCAGCGCUUCUCAUCGCUGGGCUGCGGACCACAAGUGAAGAGCAGUGGGGUGUGACCUACACUCCUGAACGUGUCUGUGCUCUGAAAGGAUCAUCAGUUAAUUUCUCCUGCACUUAUAAACACCCUGAAGGACUCACAGUGACUAAAUCACUCUGGUUCAUUGAAAGUCAGUGGGAGCGAGAUGUUGAGCCUGUGGAUGUGGGAGAGUAUAAUCAGUAUAAGGGGAGAGUGCAGUACAGCCAGACCCUGAACCACUGUAGAAUGACCAUCACUGACCUGAGAGAGAGUGACGCUCACACAUACAAGUUCAGAUUCUACACUGAUGAUCCUGACGGCAUUUACUCAGGCAGACCUGGAGUCACUCUGUCUGUCACAGGUCUGAAGGUUACAGUGUCAGAUACAGAUGGAGGAGUAAAGAAGCUGACCUGUAGCUCCACCUGCACUCUGCCCAACCCCACUUACAUCUGGUACAAGAACAGACAGCCUGUAUUUAACCAGAACAGAAAUGAACUGAAUCUGAGAGACAGAACUGUGGAUGCAGGCAGCUACUCCUGCGCUGUGAAAGGAUACGAGGAGCUCCGCUCUCCUGCUGUCUGUGUUUUUGAUAAAGUCCUGCAGCUGACAGUGGAAGGUCCUGUAGCCACAGCGUCAGAGGGACAGACAGUAACACUGACCUGUAGCUCCACCUGCACUCUGCCUAGCAGAUCCACUUACAUCUGGUACAAGAACAGACAGCCUGUAUCUCAGUGUGAAUCUGCCUCCUGCUCUGUAGCUGUGGUCAGUGAAGCGGUCAACUAUAGCUGUGCUGUUAAAGGCAGUGCUCUCCACUCUCCUCCAGUGUGUGAGUACAGAUUUUCACAUGCACUAAUAAUCUUCAGCUCCCCUAAGAACACCAGAGCGGUCAUUCUUCCCUCUGGACAGAGAGUGGAGGGAGAUUCAGUGACUCUGACCUGCAGCAGUGAUGCAAACCCUCCUGUGCUCUCCUACUACUGGUUUAAUCAGAGCUCAGAUGUAGUGCUGGGAACAGGACAGAAUUACAGCAUCACCAGCAUCAGCUCCCAGCACAGCGGACUCUACUACUGCACCGCUCACAACCAGCUCGGACAGAGCAGCUCAGGACCCUCCCGUCUGGAUGUGUUAUACUCUCCCAGACCUCCAUCUGUAUCUGAGAUUGGGUUUAAUGGCUCAGUCAGGCUGGUCUGUAUCAGUGACUCCAACCCUGCCAGCUCUUACACCUGGUUCAGGAAGAUAGGAGGAGACAUCACACAGUUUGGAGAAGGAGCCAAUUUAACUUUAGCUGCAGGAACAGAUGGAGUUUUCUACUGUAUGGCAGAGAAUCAGUUAGGAUCAUCCAACUCAUCAGAAUGGACUUUUACAUCAGCUGGGCUGUGGAAGCAGUUUGCUGUUUGGGGAACUGUUGGAUUUGUUUCUGCUCUGGUUCUGUUUCUUAUUAUUGCUGUUCUCUGCAUUUGGAGGAAAAGAGGAGCAGAGAGAGGAGCUGAUGUUCAGCCUGUUAGAGACUCUCCUAGUGACACGUACUCAGCCCUGAACCCUGAAACCAGGACGUCUGAUAACGACACUCUGACUGUUGUCCGUCCUCACCCAGUGAUGAGAAGAGCUCCAGAGAACGAGAACUAACAGCUGUGUUCAUUUACUCUUCAUUCACCACUGUAGCUUCAGCUCUAUGGACAGAACAUUAAAGAGGCGUACGGAGGAUUUCUGAGGAUUAAAGAGCUUUUAGAGCUCAAAACACAUCAGAUGAUUCCUAAAGUCAGAGUGAUUCUCUCAGAUCAGUCAGAGGAGCUUCUGUUUAUGAAGGGUCUUUAUUCACUGUUGUGCUUUUAUACACCAUGAUGAUUCAAACAUGGACCAGAAUCAGGCAGUUCUGAUCAUUCAGUAUGAACAGAGUUAAGAUGAUUUGAAUCCUGUUUGAUUAAAAUGUCACUGUGUACAGUUAGAUUUAUUAAUAUAAUUUUUCUAAGUUUGGAUAUUUUAAAUCACUUUUUUGUAGCUUUAUUCUUGUGUGUUUUCAUUAUUUUAGAUUAGUAGAUCCUCUUAAACUCUUCUAUAGUUGUUCU